AUGAUGACCCAACCGAUUGAGACUAUCUUCAACCCGAAAAUGGUCGAGAGAUCCACGUCCUAUCAUGCGACUGGAAUUGCCAAAUCGGACACGACAGCUUCGUUUCAUUGCCAUGAUCAUGAAGAAGCGAAGAAAGAAGAUGACAAAAACCGAAAAGCUCGCCGAAUUCUGUGGAUCUCCGUAUUGAUUUGUCUCUUCUUUAUGCUGUGCGAGGUGGCCGGUGGCUACAUUGCGAAUUCCCUGGCCAUUGUCACCGAUGCUGCUCAUUUGCUCACCGAUCUCGCUUCAAUGCUCAUUUCGUUGUUUUCUUUGUACAUCGCAAAUCGACCACCAAAUCAAAAGAUGAGCUGGGGCUUUCAUCGAGCUGAAGUACUUGGCGCUUUCUUCUCGGUCUUCUUGAUCUGGGUUGUCACCGGAGUUCUUGUCGUGCUGGCCAUCAUGAGAAUCAUUCAUGGAGAUCACAAGGUUGACGCAAAGAUUAUGGCGAUCACGGCGAGUCUCGGCGUGCUCGUCAAUCUGAUUAUGGGAGCCCUUCUCUUCUUCGGUGGACACUCGCACUCGCACGGUGGAGGCGGUCACGGACACAGUCAUGGUGGUGCGCCAAAGAAGAGUAAAAAGAAGGUGCACGCAGCUGAAAGCGGUCAUGGACACAGCCACGGUGGACACGGUCAUUCUCAUGGCGGACACGGGCAUGGGCACUCGCACAGUCACGGCAGUGAAAACAGUGACAAGGACACGGAAUCUGGCCAUUCUGGACACGGUCACGAUGGUGCCAACAUCAAUGUACGUGCUGCGUUCGUUCACGUGCUCGGCGAUCUCAUCCAAAGUAUCGGUGUCCUCAUCGCCGCUUUGCUCAUUCUAUUUUUGCCAAAAUGGACGAUUCUCGAUCCGAUCUGCACGCUCUUUUUCUCUGUGAUCGUUUUGAGCACCACGAUUUAUAUUUUGAGGGACGCACUUGUUGUAUUAUUGGAAGGAAGACCAUCUUCGGUGAACUUCGGCGAAGUGAUCGGCUCACUUCAAGCAAUUCCCGGCGUCAACAAGGUGCACGAUCUCCGAAUCUGGGCCCUCACUAUGGAUAAGGUUGCCGUUUCCGUCCAUCUCGAGAUUGAGGACGAGCGCGAGGCGCAACGAAUUCUUCGAGAUACCCGUAAAAUGCUCAAAACCGAACACAACGUUCAUGAAUGUACCGUUCAGAUUGAGUCGUACAACUCCGAGAAAGACGAGUGCGUGCGCUGUGUGCCAUUGAAGAAA